AUGGUUCUUCAUUUCUGCCAUGCAAGUGCUCGAGGUUUGUCCGAGUUCUCUAGUGAUGUUGUUGCUGGAGUUGGUGAAGUUGGUGGUGCUCCUGGUUCUGAUAAUAUUGCUCGGAAUGUGCUUGAUUCUAAGAAGAAAUCGUCUGAAGUUGUAGAGGAUGCUUCGAAGACUGGCGAUGUUGGUGAUGAUAUUGGUGAUGUUCUUCCUCGGAGGAGAAAUAUUUCUCGCGGGAAGUCUGUUGCAAGGAAGAAGAGUAAAUCUCCUUCAAUUGUUAAACAGAAGAGGAAAUCAUGUGCAUCUGGUAGUAAGAAGGAUAAAGUUGAUGCAUUGGGAAGUAAGGAUGUUAUAGUUGAUUCUAUUGAGACUAAGCAUGUUGUGACUCAUUUAAAGAUCAAUCCCUCUAAGAGAAUUGGAAGUAAGGUACAACAUUUCAAUGAGAAUAAUGUCAUUAAAUACUUGAAAGUUAAGUUCACUGUUACACCCAGAUUUCGAGCUAUGCAAAUUAUGACGAAAGUUGGAUUCGCAAAUAAGCGGACUCAUAAGGAUGGAAUCAUGCUCCAGGAUUGUAUGUCGAGCUUACAGGAUGUAGACGACCUCGAGUAUGGUGACCUCGAAGUAUUCAUGAUCUCGAAAGAUAGCUCCGGGAACACACUCAUCUUCAGGGACGACUUUGAAUCAGGGGUCCCGAGCUCGACGCACGUACGAUCUCGAAAGCCGUGUGGCCUCGGGAGAUGUUUCUAGCUCGAUAGAUGACGGGAAACCUGGGAGGCUAAAGCCUUAGAGAUACGCGAUAACCACCUUGAAUAUCUACAAGUGUUAUAAAUAUGAGAUGUAAUCCUCAUUUAUUAUUGUAAAUCCCCUAGAAUCAUGGGAUAUUAUUUGGUCAGUUAUACGUCCCCUGAUCUUCAGGAGACGUUUCCUUUUAUAUCUGAUUAUAGGCAUUUAAAGCCAUUUAUUUUAUUUACACAAAAAGAGUAACUACCCAAAAUAUGUGGGAUAGUAUUCUGCAGCCUUCCCUAUAAAUAGAGAGGCCAUGCACCAUUGUAAAGGACCGAAAUUCUGAUCCUUGAGAGAAAACUCUGGAGAAUUCAUUCUUGAAGAAUUCCUAGAGAUAAUCUUGAGUUUAAUAACAAAGACUCAUGGACUAGGCAGAUUUAACUGCUGAACCACGUAAAAA